AUACGCAGUAAGGCUGAAAUCUGAAAGCGGGGCAGGUGGGGAAACUUGGUCGGCGCUGCAUCCUGCAGACGUGACGGCGAUUCUCGGGACUCGGGGGCUCAAGGCAGAAACAAACUCCAAGGGGCCCUUCAGCUCACCCUCCCCCGACGCGAGCCAAGACGGGGCACGUGGUGUGGGAUUGGAGACAGAGUUUCGGUUGAGCCCUGGGAAUGUGGGUCAGAGAGUCACCAACCAGGGCGAGGUCAUCAGCAUUGUCAAGAAUGCCAAGGGUCCGGCCUGCUCUGUGUAUCUGCCCAACAGCGCCAAGUCUGUCGAGUCCCUGAAUAACAUCACCAGCGAAAACUUGAAUUUCACCUGCCCAAACCCACAGGACGUCUUCGUCGUGAAAACCACGACAGUGAUUGAUUGCACAGCUGAGACGUACAGAAUGGACGUUGGCAAGAUGGAUUCCUUGCCAUUCCUAAAAUUUAACAGAACCUUCACCUGGGAAGUGACAGCCCUCCCAGGUCGGGCAGUUCGCCUGGGCUUUCCCUUGGCUGGCCUCAGGCAGGUUCUGCCCUCUAUAGGUUGCCCGGAGCAGAACGUGUACACCAUCACUGCUCGUCAGGCCACAAGGGACACUGCGGUGGGGACCUUCUGCCCAAAUGGCCCUGUGUCAGGCAUCCUGGUCCUGUCCAAAGGCAUGGUUACUGUGGAGGUUCCAAGCCAAGUGAAGAUGGACCUUCCGUUGUUCAAUAUUUCUGUUGGGCCAGAUAUUAAGACACUGGCCCAGUUCGAGGUGGCCAUUCCAAGAGGAUUGACUGUCUCCGAGUUCUUCUCGCCGGAAUAUCCUGCCCGUUUCCCCGACGGCGACCUGAUGUGGAGCUUCAACGUCCCACCCAAACACUACGCCACGGUCCAGUUUGUGUCCUCCGAUUCGCCGGGAUGCUCCGGACAGAGAGCGACUGUGGAAUUCCAAUACAAGAACUUUUCUCUGGUGAAGAAUUUGGCGGACACCCAACCUGCCAAAGCGCAUGGUAACUUCAGCAUGUACCUGAGGAACUGCAAGGACCGCAACUUCCCCGGAAACUCUCUCGCCUUCAAGGUGUCCGUGAUACCAGCAGAAACCAAAGGGUUGUGCUCGGUCAGUCUGGCGAAGGAAGCCGGCCUCUCCAUCCACAUUAAAAAGACAAACCCCAAGUCAGGCUGUGUGAUUAAAAAGGACUCUGUCGUUGUGGCCGAGGUGACUCUGAGUGCAGGGAAGGUGACCAAUCUCAACUUUCAGGACUGCACAUAUGAAGAUCUGUCUCUGAUGAUAAACCAGACUAUAGUGUGCCGGCAGCUUUGGGAGUGCCCCAGCAGCAUCCCCCUCACCGUGCCCCCCCUGCAGCCGUGCCUCCCCCAACUCAUCAGCAGCGUUACCUGGCACCUGCAAGCACCAGCAGGGGGCGGCCUGGAGUUGCUGCCGGCCACUGGGAGCCUGCAGCAGAUGUUCCCCGGCUUCAACUGCAACGGCAGCUUCACCCUUCUCGUCACCGAGCGUGACGGCUUCUCCGUGGGACACUUCUGCCCCCUGGGGCCGAUCCGCAGGAUUCAGACCUUCAAUAACAUCUCCAUCACAGCGAUGCCCACCACUGAUAACCUGCUCAUCCCGUCACAGCAGUCAUUUUUCUCCGUGUCUUUCCAAAGAAAAAUUAAAGAGAAUUACAUUUUCUUCGUAUCCCCCCAAGAGGGCGUUCCCACCCUGCUGGCCACGCCUGGAUGGCCAGAUGGCAUGAGGACCUACACCACAGCAUCAUGGAUCUUCUCCCUGGCCAAGGGCUUCCUGGCCAGCGUGAAUUUCGUCACCGUCAGCCAGCCCAAGUGUGAAGACGGGCACACGGGCAUCACGGUGAAAAUGCAGGGCUCCCACGAGGAGGUGUACAGCCAGAGGGAGGACGAGGAUUCCGUCUCGGAGGUCCUCGUGCCUAACAGUUUCUACCUCAACGUAUCCAACUGUCUGGUGGAACGGGAAAACUUCCGCAUGUUCAGCAAGAUCGUCAUGAAGCAGAACGCCUCCAGUCUGCCUGUCAUCCUCGGGCUGGCGGGAGUAAUGCUGGUACUGGCUGUUGUGGUGCUGCUGGCCAUCUGCUGCAUGAUCCGGAAGCGGCAGAAGCAAGACUCGUGUCAUCCGGUGUCUGUCUACAACCCCAACGGGAAUUUCAUGGCUCCAGGACACCCUCAGAACCCCAAAACCCGAGCAGACAGCGAGUCGCACAUCUACGCCUACAUUGAUGACACCCAGGUAUACACACAUCUCCUCCAGGAAUCGGACAUGGAUGGCAUGCAGGUGGAUGUUUCCCAGAGCUUCACCAAACCCACGGAUUCGGAAUGCCACACUAGGGAGGUACCCCUGUACGCCGUGGACGUUUACCGGCUGCAGCCUGACGGCACGCCACCGCUUCCCAGCCGCAACGUGUCAACACUCGCAGACAAGGAAACCCCCCUAGAGUCACUCUCUGGUCCCAGCCAUGAUCCAGAACUGGAAUCGGAGUCGGAAGAUACCACCUAAGAGUUGAGGGGUUGUUGCUGGGCAGUAUGUGAGGGAACUGAGGGAGUGGAAAGUACAGCAACAAGAGCUGAUAUGACUGGCCGGGGGGGGGGG